AUGGGUCGAGACCUCUCGUCGCGAGUGCACCAAUACGAAACGAAUAAUUCCACGUAUUCGAAUUUCACUGAUGAUUUCAUGGUCGUCCUGUGUAAACGAUCGAAAUCCCUGAAAUAUGCCGGUAAACAGAACGGACUGUGGACGGCCGAGCCGAGCAUCUGGGGCAUUAUCGGAUACAGCGUACUCAUUCCCAUAGUUUCCGCACUCGGGAUAAUCGGCAACUCUCUGAUUCUUGCGGUCCACACGAAAGCAAAGACGUAUUUGAAAGCGUCGACGUACACGUACCUGGCAGUACUCGCGUCCUCGGAUCUAGUCACUUGCAUUCUGCUGCUCUUCUCCGGUUUAGCCAGAGGCGUUUUCCGAUGCCGCAAAGGAUGGCUGGAGUUCGAUGCGUUCGUUUACUUCCCGGUCGGCUCCGUUGCCUCGAAUGUCACGGUGUGGGCUGCAUUGGGCGUCAGCAUCGACAGAUUGGUGCUAGUUUGUAGCAUGCCGAGAUGCAAGCCACCGAAAUACUGCAGCCAGCAAGUUGCACGGAAAUUAAUGAUUUGCGCUACUUGCGUCGCUGUGCUGAUCAACAUACCGUACUGCUUUAUGUACACGUACAACGACCACGGCGAUCUGGUGACCACUGAGUUCUUCCACACGCGGUGGUACAAUCUGCAGAAUUGGUUCCAAUUCAUCAUAUUUGGCAUGAUACCGGGCGUCUUUCUGCUUAUCUCGAACGGCAUCAUGAUCUACUUCGUGAAAAAAUCUCUCAAACAGAGAGAGAUGUUGCUGAAGCGCAAAAACAUACGCGAGAGCAAUUGUCUGCAGGAUCAAGCGCGGUUAACGAUUAUGCUGGUCGGCAUUGUUUUCCUGUUCCUCGUGGGCGAGCUGCCAACUCACUUUGCAUCACGUCGCAGCGCCGUGUCCCUGCUUUACGGCGGCGAUGUCACUAAAGUUCACGAGACCUUUAUGGAAAAGUCGGAAAUGUCCGUACAGUUUUAG